GUUCCUUCCCCUUCGGCUUACCAUUUCCUCUCUGUCUUCUUUCUCAGAGCUUUAGCCCUAAAACUCUAAGCUCCCGGAUUUCUGCUCUCAUUUCCGGCGAAUUUUCAUCAGCUUUCCGUUUCUUUUCCUUCUUUCACUAUGAGAACUGCGCCGCAAUUCUACGCCGGCUGCGCUGAUUACCUUAUCCCCGAGCCUCAUUUCCUUGAUUCAUGUUCUCUUUGCCGGAAACCGCUCGGACGCAAUUCCGAUAUCUUCAUGUACAGAGGAAACACUCCGUUUUGUAGCAAAGAGUGCCGGCAAGAACAGAUUGAUGUCGAUGAGGCAAAGGAGAAAAACUGGAGACGUUCUUCUUCUUCUUCUUCUUCUUCUUCUGCUAGCACUCAAAACCACAGAAAGCAAGAAACUAGCAAGAAAACUGUUCGAUCCGGCACCGUUGCGGUGGCCUGAGAUCUUCUAUCCGAAUCAGAACAAAUUUUCUUCUACAGAGAAACAUCUUUCCCAAUUUGGAAAACGAAAAUUGUGAGGUUGAGUGGAGGCUGAGAAUGAAUUCUCAUUGCCAGCUUCAGGACCCGAUUUUCAGAGAACCAAAAGAAAAAAAAAAAAUCUAUAAAUAACUUUUUGAUCUCUGAAUGUGUAUUAAAAAAACCAUGGGAAAGCAGUCCUGAGAUUGGGUGGUUCUUUGCA